AUGCCGGCUGCAAAGGACAUUCAAAGAGCCUUAGCUCGCAUCAGAGCCGCCAUGCCCGCCCAAAAGAAGACGGCCAUAGGGCAUCGCAACAUUAAGCUGGGACUGGAGCGCAUCAGUCGCGUCGUUCCUGAUGAGCAAAAAUGGAUUGGAGUUCAUGUCGGUGGCACCAAUGGCAAAGGAUCAAUAUGUGCUUUGCUGGCGGGCAUGUUCAAGCUGUCCGGUCUUAGCCACGGUACCUAUAUAUCACCGGCCUUACCUGAGCGUCACAAUGGCAUUACCAUCAACGGCUUGUACAUAAACAAGCGCAUGUACGAAAUGGAGAUUCAACACGUGGAGGAGGCGUACAAACGAAUUGCCUCUGGCUGGACUUUUGCCGGGGACGUCGGCCUAGGUGACCUGACACCCUUUGAGCUGGAAACCGCCGCAGCUUUUCGAGUCUUCAACAAAAUGAACGUGCAGUAUGGCAUAGUCGAGGUUGGCAUGGGUGGUGCAACAGAUGCCACGAAUGCGAUGAAGGAGAAAGCCGUCACAGUCAUCUCCAAGAUUGACCUCGACCACCAAGAGUAUCUGGGCAACACUAUUGAGGAAAUCGCAAAAGUCAAGGCCGGAAUCAUGCGACCCGGAGUCCCGUGUAUUGUCGAUCAUACCAACCCUGCCUCCGUCAUGGAUGUUCUUCGAGAUCACGCCCAAUCAGUGGGAACGCAAGUGAGCCUAUCAUCCAAGGCUUUGCCAUUAAUAGAGGAUCUCGACCAGGACAGAUUCAAACUUCAAGACUACGAGCAGCAAAAUUUGCUUUGCGCGACUUUGGCUUUCCGGAACUUGUUCCCAAAUCUCUCAAUCGAUGUCAACAAGCUACUAUCACUGAAACCUCAACUACCUGGGCGAAUGGAGCAAGUCAAUGUGUCGGGACUGACCAGCGGCACUCGCCAAAAGUCAAUACUAGUUGACGGUGCCCACAACAUGCUAGGAGUAGAGGCACUGGCGAAAUACGUGGACGGCAAUCUACGGGCCACCAGCGAGCCAGUAUCCUGGGUAAUUGGACUAUCGUCGAGCAAGUCGAAGCCGUUCUCAAAAAUCAUCGAGACCUUGAUUCGUCCGCAGGAUAACCUCGCAUUCGUCGAGUACACCCCAGGACCCAACGAUCCACCCCCUGCACCAGCCGAACUUGGCCGUGACGUAGCCGCACAAGUUAUCAAAGACGAGUCUCGUCUCUACGGCGGUGAGCCCACUAUCGGAGAAGGAGUGCAAUGGGCAUGCGGCAAAGCGGGCGAAGGACCAGUUGUCGUAACAGGAAGCCUCUACAUGAUCCGAGAGUUCUACCAAACGCAAGGAGUAGAACCAAGCAGGAAGAUCAAGACGAGGCGGCCAGGUCGGUCGCAACUCUGGCGCUAUAUCCGGUUGUCUCAAGAAAGACCGCUGACAUCUGAAGAGGCUAGGGAGUUCAAGCAAGCCAGAAGACACUGGCACCUCUCUCCCAUGAAAAGCUCUGUCUUCCGAGACGUGCGCGGCGGCGGCAGCCCAGCACCGCCGUCGACAUCAGAAAACGUCCGAAAACUCCAACAAACCGCCGCUCACCACAAAAACCAAGCCGACGGAUAUGGCAAAGCCAUUCGCAGCAUAAAGAAAGACCUCGAGGGGCGCGAGAACGACGAGCUCUCCAAGAACUUGCAGCAUCUUGAGAAGCAGCAGCAGGAGCAUUUAAGUGCGUACAACAGCGCCAUGUACAAAGUACGAGGCCAUGUUGUCGAUCCCGAUAAGAAGCACAUCAGUCACGAGGAUAUCUUUGGACGGCCUGAGAAAAGAAAGACGAGGAUUACUGCCCUCCUCCCCGAAGAAGAUGCUACACAAGAUGAACAGCCUCCGCCGUCAAGGUGGCUACCGUCCGAGACGCAGCCAAAAAAGGGUGGCAGAUAG